AUGCUUCCAAAUGAUAAGACUCCUUGCUCAUUUGUUACCUUUUUUGACUAUCUCUUCAGCUUGUUUUUACUCUGUCCUUUCACUCUCCCUCAAGUCAUGUAAGCAAUGUCCUUCAAAGUACUGUACAUUUGAACCUCUAUAUAGAGUUAAGUAGUUUACUUUACUUGCUCAAGUUCUCAGCAAUCUAUAGCUUUUUAUCUAUUUUUUCCUUGGUUUCAAAUUUCAUAUCUCGUACAUGAGGUGACCAUCGGUUUUUACUAAGAUCAAUCAAACAAAGACAUCCAACUUCAAAAGUACUUUGCCAGAUACAUGGCUCAACAGGAAGAAGGUUGGCCCCUGGGAUUGCAGCCGCUGAACGUGAGAGUUGGGCUGGCAAGAAACCAUGAUUACUCAGGAUCAAUAUCAUUCAACACUAUGCUCACUGGUUCUCCAACUUCCUCUACAGAUUCCUCUUCAGAUUUAGACACAGAGUCAACUGGGUCAUUUUUCCAUGACAAUAGCAUUACACUCGGGAGCCUAAUUGGGGUUUCUAGCAUCUUGGAACUCUCUAAAAGAUCUGUCAGAGGAAGGAAAGCUGAAGCAGCAACAAGAGAAAAAAGGAGCAACAACAGCAACAAGUCAAGAAUUUGGCUCUUUUCUUUAUGUUCAAGGGAUAGUACUGAUGCUGAGAAUGUCAAUGCAAACAAUGCUCCAUCACUCGGUCAUUUCCUCGCGGUGGAGAGAAGAGCUGCUAGUGAAUAUAGAAGGAACCACAUUCCUACUAUCUAUGGGCCCGACGAACUUGCCCUGGCUCAGCCUAAUUUAGAAUCCAACUCCCUAUUUGUCAAUGGCUGCGUUGCUCCUCCUCAAACAAGCUCAUCAGAGAAUGCUGGAUUAGAUAAUGGUAACGGGCAUGGAGUCCCAGUGCUGCUCUCAUGCAUGUGUGGACAACCCUCCAUCUGAAAGUAUUGGUCUGAUUGAAUGGAUUUCAUGUUUCAGGAAGGAAUAAUCUACUUUCUCCCCUUUUGUUGA